ACUGUUUUUCAUACACUACAAAAUCGCAAACGAAAUAGAUUCCUUUCUCUCUCUAAUCUCCAAAGUCCAAAAUCCUCAGUUUCAGAGCUCUUUCAGUGGUUGUAUAUUUGUAUAUAUUGAGGAGGAGGAGGAGGAGAGGGUUAAUGGCGAUCGAGUGGCGGUGAGAUUGGAGCGGAAGAGGGGAAUUUGGUGGAGCGAUCGAAAUGCGGGCCAGGGAAAUGCAUCCGCUCUGCUGUAUAACGCUGGCGAGCGGGGCGAUCGGGGACCAAUCGCCGGAGCCGGCGGAGACGACGGCGAUGUUGCUGCGGACUGGUUCGGCGGUAGUCGGAUCUGAUGCCAAUGCGGGGGGAUCCGAGGCCGUCAGCGUCGCCGGCGUGUUGUAUAAGUGGACCAAUUACCACAAGGGCUGGAGAUCCCGUUGGUUCAACCUCCGCAACGGCGUUCUGUCGUAUUCCAAAACUUGCCACCCUGACCACAUCUCCUUCGCCGCCGACGACGUUAAGCUAAUCGGCCACAUCGCGUCCGACGACUUCGGCCGCCGUAAACACCGCAAAACCAUCCGCAUUGUUCACCUCAAGGUCUCAUCAUUUCGGGAGAGCAGGUCAGAUGAUAGGAGGUUUUACAUAUUUACAGCUACAAAGACUCUUCAUCUAAGGACAAAUUCAAGGAAAGAGAGAGAAGCUUGGAUAGAAGCAUUGGUUUCAACCAGAAAUAUCUUUAUGCUUAGACCAGCCAAUGAUAAUCUCUCCAUUUUACCCAGGAGUGUAUCUGUGUCAACUGAAAAGCUAAAGAAGCGUUUGCUUGAUGAAGGAAUCAGUGAAGGACUAGUUAAGGAUUGUGAGCAGAUAAUGCUUUCUGAAUUUUCAGAAAUCCAAGGUCAACUUCAAUUUCUUUGUGAGGAGCGUUCAAAUUUGUUAGACACUUUACAACAGUUAGAGGCAACCAAUAUUGAAACCGAGGCCUCUGGAGUUCCAGAUGGUGACUACCAAUUGUUAAAGCGUGAAUACCCAAAUUUAGGACGUGGAAAGUACAGUGAGUGGAGCACCACUGAAUCAUCUGAUGAUGUUGAGAAACAAGAGCUAGAGGAAGCAUCAGAUGAAGAGGAAGCUAGAUUUUUUGACACUAACGACUACUUUCCUGAACCUUCUGUCAGCUGUGGGCUUGAAAAACCUACUAAUGAUAUGAUGCAAAAGGGUGCUGAUAAGGACACUUCCAUGUGUCUGCAAGUAGAAAGGCGAAAGAAACUCCCUGAUCCAAUUGAAAAAGAGAAGGGGGUUAGUUUAUGGUCUAUGAUUAAAGAUAAUGUUGGAAAAGAUCUGACACGAGUGUGUCUUCCAGUGUACUUUAAUGAACCGUUAUCAACCCUUCAGAGAAGCUUUGAAGACUUGGAGUACUCCUAUCUUUUAGAUAGGGCAUACAAGCAUGGGAAAGAGGGGAACACUCUACAGAGGAUUUUGAAUGUUGCUGCUUUUGCUGUGUCUGGGUAUGCUUCAAGUGAAGGCCGGCACUGUAAACCUUUCAAUCCUUUGUUGGGAGAAACCUAUGAGGCUGAUUUUCCAGAGAAAGGAAUGCGAUUCUUCUCUGAGAAGGUUAGUCACCACCCAACAGUUAUUGCCUGUCAUUGUGAAGGUAGAGGUUGGAAAUUCUGGGGUGAUAGUAACCUUAAAUCCAAAUUUUGGGGGAGAUCUAUUCAACUUGAUCCUGUUGGAACACUAACUUUAGAAUUUGAUGAUGGGGAGAUUUUUCAGUGGAGCAAGGUCACAACUAGUAUAUAUAACCUUAUCCUUGGCAAGAUAUACUGUGAUCACCAUGGGAUAAUGGAUAUACGUGGUAAUCGCCAAUACUCAUGCAAAUUGAAAUUCAAAGAGCAAUCUCUUCUUGAUCGCAACCCUCACCAGGUUCAUGGAUUUGUUGAAGAUGUUACGGGCACUAAAGUAGCUACGCUAUUUGGCAAGUGGGACGAGAGCAUAUAUUACUUGAAUGGAGAAUGGAAUAGCAAGCCAAAAGAUUUAUCUGAUGCAUCAUUGUUGUGGAAAAGCAAUAAGCCUCCACAGAACCUCACUCGAUACAACAUGUCUUCGUUUGCAAUUACACUGAAUGAGUUAACUCCAGGACUGAAGGAGAAGCUCCCACCUACCGACUCAAGACUUAGACCAGAUCAGCGUUCUCUGGAGAACGGGGAAUACGAUAAAGCAAAUGCAGAGAAACUGCGACUGGAGAUGCGGCAGAGAAUGUCCAGGAAAUUACAAGAAAAUGGAUGGAAGCCAAGAUGGUUCGAAAGAGAAGGUGAAGAUGGGACUUUCCGCUAUGUAGGUGGAUACUGGGAAACACGGGAGAAUGGGAAAUGGGAUGGAUGCCCAAAUAUAUUCGGUCAAGUUGAUCAAACUCUCAUCAAUUCUUUCGAAGGAUCCUGACUUUAAACGAGCUCUAGCAGCCCAGCCCUGAACCUCUUUUUCAUCCCUGCCUGCAUUCCAGCCAAAAGUUAGAGAUUAUAUGCUUUGCACAUUUCCCAGAUCCUCAUCCAACUAAUACAAGGAAUCAACACAGCCACACAGCAUGCUGUGACAACGCAUAAACUGUUGUCGAAUUUUCUGAGUUGCUAGAGAUAGUUGUCCAGGCCGCAGGGUUGACUAAAGUCAAUCGUGAAGAAUGUUUGGAUGGAUGAAUGAAUGAAUGAAUGAAGAAGUAAAUCACUUCUUUGAAUUGGUGGCCAUAAGAAAAGAGUUGUGUUUUACAUACCCCCAGUAUGUAUUCUGGGGUUUAGUUUUGUCAAAUUUAUCUCUUUAUCCUAAUAUUCUUGAUAGCUUUUCAUGUGUUUUCAUUAGGUAAUUUUGUUUUGUGUAUUCUCUUCACCAUUUAAAUAAAUGAAAAUGAAUUAAUUGUACUGA